AUGUUUCUGCGACGGGUGAGGUACGUUUGUGCUCCGAACUUUUGGGGGGACCUUCGUGGCACGCUGAAGGCAAUUGAAGAGCGACGGAAUGAGCGGACGUCGAAAUCGAAAGCUCAGCAGGUGCUGAAGCAAGUCGCUCGACUGGAAGUGAAGUUCUGGGCCAAGGCAAGUGUUGCAAUGCUCAAAGAACUUGACCCAGAGUCAAGGAUAGAAAGGAUAGUUGACUGGUUGCAAACCUUCGGCGUAGAGGAGGAAGACAGCUCAUCAGGGCCUGCAGUUUUGUACCAGGUGCUCAGCGACGUGACUCUGCAGAAGGAUUUCGAGGUGCCUCAGCGAGAGGCACUGUCUGCUGCCGUGAGGGAGAACUUGCAGAAGUUCCCCGUGGAGAUGCAGGCCGUGCUGGAACGUGUGGGCAGUGUCACUGGCGGACGCCCUGUCGUUGUGUCAGAUUGGAGAAGAAGGCACAACCAGCCCACGCAGCUGGAGGCUCCAACGCUUGGCCCCGGAGCAGCGCUGCUCUUCGGAGUGGGGUCUGAGAUGGAAAGUGACCAAGCACCACAUGCAAGUCUCUCACAUGUGGCCGAAUCCGCCGAGACGAUCACUGAAGAAGUCUACAUUCAAGACGUAGAGGAUGUCGCCACAGCUGAGGAGGAGGCUGCGAACUCUGCGAUCGUCCAGUCGCUUCAGCGAGAAAUGGCUGAGCAGGAGAGGAAAGCCAAGGCUUCUGCAGAAAGCAUUCCAGCGGAUGAGACCGCUGCCAUGCCGUUCUCUGCCGAUCCUUUUGCUGACCUCCUUGCUACCAUCAUGCUGUGGCUCCAGCAGGCUGGCGGCACCCUGGAGCGAGAGGCCAUCCUGCCUCUCAUCAAGGCGAUGGGUUUCCGUGUCCGUGCGGUCAUCAACGGCCUGUCGUGCCUUGCUUCCAUGUCGCAUCCUGAAGCCGAGUGUGAAAUUCUGCUGCGCACUGCGGCUGGUAGCAGCUUGCAUCCAAAGCCGUUGCCUGCUAACUACCUGCACGAGGCAGUCAGGCGCAACUUGGUUUUACAAGUGCGACAGAUGGGAUCGAAAGCCAAGUACGACAAGCUCGCUGGUCUUCUAGGGUGGAACGCCAAAUCUGAGCUCAGACGAACGUAUGGCGCCUUGAGAAUAGUUUUGGCUGGCCUCCCGGAGAUCUUCUACGACUCCCACAAGCUCUACCUGAAACAGGUGCUUGAGGGAGUCGUGGACUGGCCAGUUAGCAAAGAUGGUCGCAUAGGACCCAAUGGUGGCAGGGAGACAGUGCAACAUUGGACUCGUGCAUGUGAUGAUUUGAAAGGUGCCGGGGACAUUGACUGGUUCAAUGCGAAACGACAGCUGCUGGGAGUUGUCAUGAAUCAAGGGGGACACUGCGAUGUGCAGGUUGCGCGGUGGCUGUUGCAGCCAGCUGGCGAGGCUACCCUGGAAAAGGUUUUCGAAGCUGGAUCCAAGUACGAUCUCACCAAGGUGCUGUUCUGGGAGCCACGGCGAGUCUUUAAGCGACGGCAGCCGAUUGCCGCACAAGACGAGACCAAGGCUUCCCCAGAGAUAUGCCAAGCGGUUCGGAAGGUGAUGGAGUCAACAAUAUCAGCCACGGUGGAGGAGCUGAAGGCGGCCAUCGAGACGAACCUGCCUGGCGAGGCCGGCGAAGAUGUGGUGACAGCCGCAGUGCAAGAGAUGGCUGAACUCUUCUUCAUGCCCGAUAGAAUCUUUCUAAGACACGUUGCUACUGGUAGCAUUCUGCAGAGCUCCUUGCCAGAGGAUGUGCAGGAAGAUGUCGACGACGAUGAAGAGUUGAUGCGGGAGGGUCUGGCUGAGGUUGCUGCAGCAGCAGCGGCUAUCAAGGAGCCGGCUGAAGACCCCUUGCAGAUACAG